GCGAUUGUUAACCGGAAUCGCGUCGCUCUGCUAACGCUUAGCAACACUGUUUUUACGCGAGUAGCAAAAGAGAAGCCCAAACAUUGAUCAAAAACUUCUAAUUUUAUAUUAAAAUUAGAGCAUUUAGUGGGAAAGAAUCUCUCAAAAGUAAACCAUGGCCAACGUGGAGUCUAUGAUCGUAGAAGAAAAGACUCAGGUCAAGCAAAUUGACCGCGAGAAGACCUGCCCGCUGCUGCUCCGAGUUUUCUGUUCCACCGGACGACACCACUCCGUUUCCGAGUACAUGUUCGGAAAUGUGCCCACCAACGAGCUGCAGAUCUAUACCUGGCAAGACGCCACCCUCCACGAACUGACUUCCUUGGUGCGGGAUGUGAAUCCGGAUACCAGGAAAAAAGGAACCUACUUCGACUUUGCCGUUGUGUACCCCAACUUCCGGAACAAUCACUUCCAGAUGCGCGAAAUAGGAGUGACAUGCACGGGCCAGAAGGGCAUAGAUGAUAACACGACACUCGCACAGGCUAAGUUCAGCAUCGGAGACUUUCUGGAUAUCUCGAUUACGCCGCCCAACCGUCUGCCACCCACUGCCAGGCGUCAGCGACCCUACUGAAUUCACUCGUAUUUCAAUCUAUUCUAAUCAUUUUUAAUUUUUCACUUGACAUAAUUAUAAGUGGAAUACAAGUAAGACGACCUA